GUCGUUGAGGUAAGCCAGUUUUAUUCAUGCAACUAAUUUGUGUUGCAGAAACAGUUCAAUCAGCUGUUCGUACUCAAGGCCGCGUUUCUAUUCUCUCUUGUGUUUAUUCGCGUUUCCCCUCUGUUUUCAGCGCGGAUGCAGGACAAAGGCCUCGAGAUAAUGCCUGAUGCUACCAAGUCCAAGAAGAAGAAGAGUGGAGGAAGUGCAAAGAGUGAUGGGUCAUCACCGGGUCGACAGGGCACUGCCCCAGCAACUCCGGUUAAAAAAGCGCUGCCGGCCGUGACGCACGAGUGGCGUGACGCCGGCAGCGAGGUGCGCGUCACGCUGGUGACGGGCCCGCUGGCCGGCGCCGGCCGCGUGCAGCUGGACUGCUCGGAGCGCCGGGUUCAGGUCCGGCUGCCGGACGGGCGCACCUGGUCCAGUCGGCUGUUCGCGGCCGUGCUGCCGGACGGAUCGGAGCACCAGCAGCGGCCCGGCGGACGGAUCCUGGUCAAACUUCUCAAACACGACCCCAGCCUCACCUGGCCCAGCCUCGAGCCGAUGAAGAUACCUCGUGUGAAGUCAUCACCUCCUACCAAAGAGACACCUCCUACCAAGGAGAUGAAGGAAAAGACUAACACCGAAAAGAUCGAGGAGACUGCCGGCCGCACCUCGGAGCGGCCGGGCUCUCCGGCCCCUAACGGUGCCCUGCCGGGGCCGAGUGACGCCCCACCGGGGCCAGAUGACGCCCCGCUGGGGCCGGACGGCAAACCAGGAGCGUCGCCCCCACCCCCCGCUGUCGUGGAGCCCGUGCUCCUGGAUAACCUGAAGCAUGACACGUUCGAGACAGACGCCGAUAUCCGUGUCUCGGUCUACCUCAGACAUAUCAAGAAAGAAACGCUCGCCAUCAGUUACGACUCAGACAGCUUCAGCAUGGUUUUCGGCACCAGUGACCGCCGGUUUCUGGCGGCUCGCGGCCAGCUGGACGAGUGCUUCCUGUUCCGCUGGACGGUGCCGCUCAAGGGCCGCGUGCUGCCAGAUCUGUGCUGCCAUAAGGUGACCAACUCUGCAGUGGAACUCCGUCUGGUGAAGGCUAUACCGGGCCGAUGGAACGCGCUACGGCCGCCGGCGCCGCCGCCCGCGCCAGUGCCGGCCGCGGCCGCCGCGUCGCGUCGCUCGCCGUCGCGGCUCUCCGAGAGCGCUGCCGUGCCGGAUCCUGCCGGCGGCGGCGACCGUCCCGACCCUCCAACCAAGCUCGUUCGGCCGCCGUCGCCGCUGCCCAUCGCGCUGCCCCCGCCGCCGCCGCCGCCCGUCCUGGCACCCCUGGAGCGCGGCUUCACCGGUCUGGAUAACAUCGGCAACACGUGCUUCCUGAACUCGGUGAUCCAGUGUCUGGCCAACACCCGCGAGCUGCGUGACUACUUCGCAGACUCGCUGUUCCAGGCGGAUAUCAACCAGCACAACCCGCUGGGCAUGAAGGGACAGCUGGCACUGGCGUUCGCCGUGCUGAUGCGCGUGCUCUGGUCGGGCGAGCACCGCUCCUACAACCCGCACAAGCUGAAGGCGCUGGUGGCCAAGCGGUUCACCCAGUUCACCGGGUUCGCGCAGCAUGACGCCCAGGAGUUCAUGGCCUUCCUGCUGGACGGACUGCAUGAGGACCUGAACCGCGUGGUGGAGAAGCCGUACACCCAGACGGAGGAGGCGGGCGACCGUCCAGACGACGAGGUGGCGCGCGAGGCCUGGUACCGUUACCGACUCCGGGAUGACUCGGUCAUCGUCGACCUGUUCCAGGGACAGUACAAGUCCAAACUGGUCUGCCCCGACUGUGGAAAGGUGUCGGUGACGUUCGACCCGUUCCUGUACCUGUCGGUGCCGCUGCCGAAGAAGAAGCGACCCGUCUGCGUGACGUUCUUCAGGGCCGACCACACCGUCCGUCCGAUCACUUACACCCUGUACGUGUCGGCGGACGGGCUGGCCGAUGAAAUCAUGGAAAAACUGGCGGAGAAGACGGGCGUUGCCUCCAGGCUCAUCAAACUCAUCGACGAACGCAAACACAAAGUACAGAAGGUGUACACGCGCGGUAUGUCAGCGGGCACCAUCGGGCGCGGCUCGCACCUGCUCGCCUUCGAACAGCUCGACCCGGCCCGCAUCGGAGAGCCCGUCCUGGAGCUGCUCGUCAUACAGCGUCUGCAGUACCCGAGCGCGGCGCGCGUCUGCUCCAGCUGCAAGAAGGAGCCGACUGCUGACGAGAAGCUGCGCCGGUGCACGCGCUGCUACCGGACCAGCUACUGCGACAGCCACUGUCAGAAGGACCACUGGCCGCACCACCGCGAGCUGUGCCGACCCUGGCCGCCUGAGCCGGUCGGCUGUCCGUUCCUUGUCAGCCUGCCGCGCUCCCGGGCCACCUACACGGAGGUCUGCAGGGCCAUGGAGGCCUUCUCCAGGUACUCUGUGAACGUGUUCUGCGUUCCGGUGACGGCCGACCGGGAGCGAAGGGACUCUGUGAGCUCCGGCACCAGCUCCGACAGCGGAAAGUGCACUGACACGGAGGAGACCGUCACUGAAAAGGAGGUCAGCUCCAGUGACUCCACCGACUGCCGGGAGGCGCCCUCCUCGUCAGGUAUGACGGGCGACCAGCAGCUGUUUGUGAUCCGCUCGGUGGACCAGCAGGGCGAGAACGUCGUCUCCUCAGACAGCGGACGGAUACAGGACAACGGUGACGAGCCGCUGGACCUGCGCGGCCCCUGCACGGUGGCCAUGGACUGGAAGACGGCGCGCCGCCGCUGGCAGCCCUGCUGUCUGGUGGACGACAAAGAGCUGGAGUCUGACCCGGACCCGCACCCGGAGCCGGAGCCGACCGGCCGGAUCGGCCUGCACCAGUGUCUGCGGCUGUUCACCGAGCCGGAGCGGCUCUCCCCGGGCGAGGCCUGGUACUGUCCCAGGUGUAAGGCGCACCGUGAGGCCGAGAAGCAGCUCAGCCUGUGGCGGCUGCCCCUGAACCUCAUCAUCCAGCUGAAGAGGUUCUCCUUCAAGGAGUCCUUCUACGGCCGCGACAAGAUCGACAGGAUGGUCGAGUUCCCCGUCCGGGACCUGAACCUGCGCCAGUACCUGACCGAGGAACCAGACGAUGGCCGGGUGCUGUACGACCUGUACGGCGUCAUCAACCACCACGGCGGCAUCCUGGGCGGCCACUACACGGCGUUCGCCCGCUGCGUGGACCCGCUGCGGCCAGAGAACGCCGAGCUCGGCUGGCGCCGGUUCGACGACGCCCGCGUUGUGCGUAUGAAGGAGGAAGAAGUGAUGACCAGCGAGGCCUACCUGCUCUUCUACCGACGGCGCAUCCCGUACGCCGCCCCCGAGAGGGCCACGGACGCUGAGGAAAUAGACUGAGACGGGCCGACCGAGAGUCUGUCCCGACCUCCGGGACAGGCUCGGAAAUAGGUACAAAUGGGGCGAGCGUGCCCCGCAGCGCCGGGCGAGUGCGCCCCGCCGGCUGGGUGCGGAGUCUGCCGCCGACGGGAAGCCGGUGACGUUAGGAUAGUGGACUGCAUAGUCUCGAGGGUGGGGUGGUAACCUGACUGACCGUUCCGCGCGGCAGUGGACCGGGGGCUGGCUUGCUGCCUUGAGAAGUCGGUCGAGACAGUCCUCUACGGGUCACCCCGGAGUGCGCUAAUAGCCGCCGGUCGGCUGGAGCGCCGCCCACUAGGACGUAUAAUUCGUCAGAGAAAGACAUGAAUCGCCGCAAGUGUAACCGCAUAUUGUGUACCCACCCGCGUGGUUGUGCCUCUCCUUGUACGCUUAGAUCGCUCCAGCAAUGCGUCCAGCAAUGACGGGAUAGACUGUUCUUUCUAUCCAAGAACAGUCUGCUUACCAAUGUCCGCGCUAGCAGAGGGUACAUGCUAUGGUUUCCAUCUUACGACAGGACAGAUUGGCUUUAGUUUGUGUUUGAUCUCAGACUGGGGGCAGCCGGCACUGAGCUGGACACAGGACUGCGUUGGUGCUGUAUAACCACUCAGGGUUAUCACAGCUAAUCCUGCUGACAUGUAUGAUCCUCACAGUUCUGUGUGCUUUGACAGCAUUGACAGCGAGCGCCUGACAGUGCACAGACGGCAUAAAUAGAACUCAAUGCAAUAUGUGCGUGUAUGGAGUAUGGGAUGUGCUGGCGCCAGAGGUCAGCGAUGUGCUGCAGCUGAGACAUACCUCCGGUUUUCUGGAGAAUAGCCCAACUCGGCGCUAACAGCCUGUGUAUCAAUGUGUGUGUCAGGGUGAAUGUAUGUGGACGAGAGACGUUUAGCUGCAUGAGCGCUUUGUAAAUAUGUCAUUCAACUGACUGUGAAUGUUUGGACUAGAGCAGUUACCCCAGUGAGUGCCCCGCUUCAACUGAGAAGUCGAAGUCAAGGACAUCCGAAAUCACCUGUUUCAUUGCUUGUCGUCGGACUGGGUACCAUUCUCAUGUGUAUCCGACAUUCGAAUGCAAUCAAGCUGGGAAUUGUGUGCCUGUUCAUUCGUUACCUCAUUUCACUUGCAUAUCCCAGUGUCAGAUGUAUACCGCGAUUCUGACUCCAUACCGAUCACUGGUCGCUUGCGUUCAACGGAGGUCCUGUGUCGAACAAUGGGGUGCUAGGCGGUGUUACCUCUCACAGGAUUGCCUGUGCUGUCCGAGUAGACUGUGCCGACCCCCUCCACUCCCGGCUGCUGUACCCGGGGCCUGUGCUGCGACACCUCCAAACAUGUGAUUGGCGUGGACCAGGGCCCCUCCGUGCGAGCGGGCAGGCGCCACUGGUCGUUUUCAUGCGCGAUGUAUUCAUACCUACGUGAUGUGUGUAUGCUGUACCGCGCAUGAUCGCCCUAUGAUAAUACAGAACUUGCCGUUCCUUUA